AUGCAGGGCAACGUUGAUCACAAGCUCAAAGCACGUCCUGUGCACAUGUGGGAUAGUGCGAGUUACGACAUAGAGCAGCACACGCUCGCCUUCAAGGACUUUAUGGACGACAGAGGCCUCAGCGAAGCCCUCCAUCAUCUCUGGGAAACGGGACUUAUCUUUGUCAGGGAUGUGCCCCGUGAAGAGUCCAUGGUCGAAACGCUUGCUCAACGCAUCGGCGUCAUCCGCAAUACUUUCUAUGGCAGGACUUGGGACGUCCGUUCUAAGCCGCAAGCAGAGAAUGUGGCCUAUACCAAUCGACACCUAGGCUAUCACAUGGACCUCCUGUAUAUGAAGGAACCGCCAGGUAUUCAGCUGUUGCAUUGCUUGGACAACACUUGCACCGGAGGCGAAUCAUUCUUCGCCGACACCUUCACUGCGUUGUACCAUCUCGAGAGACAAAGACCCGGCAGUGUAGAGGUGUGCUCGAAGGAACCCUCAAUUCGCUACGAAUACCUCAAUGCAGCGUCUGGGCACCAUUACAUGGACACCAAAUGUCUCGCUUCAACCAAAAAUGUGGCAGCCUGUUCUCGGCUUAAGUUCUAUCACAACGAUCCAACCGAAUCCGCGUCCCCUCAUCUCAACGCCGUCGAUCGGGUGUAUUGGAGUCCUCCUUUCGUGGCAACAACGGUCCAUAAACACCCCGACCAGCGACCCUUGAAUGAUUUCACGCUCUAUAUCCAGAGAAAUUUUCGGGAGGUCAUGUCAAAUUUUAGCAAGGUUCUCGACAGCCCACAACUGCGCGUUGAGACCAGACUCGACCCGGGCACCUGUGUCAUUUUUGACAAUCUACGCAUUGUUCACGCCCGCAAGGCCUUCGACACAAGUAGUGGUUCGCGGUGGUUGCGUGGUGCGUACCUAGACUGGCAGGAUUUCUUUUCCAAGGCCACUCAAGCCAGCGAGCUCAUGCCGGAGGCCCCUUUCGUGGCCUACCGGUUUGCCAACCGGUUCCACCAAAGGAAAUCGGAAUUAGACGAAGCACCAGAAGCCAAUGUCUAG